AUCGUAAAGGAAAAAAUUUCGAACUUUCUCCAACAAUAUUUAAGCGUGGCUCUAGUUUGACAAUAACAACCAAAUCAAGCUAAGUUUUUUUUUAAAAAUUUAUAUUAGGUUAGAAUGAUAUGUUUUAAGAGAGUUGAUUACGUUCAGCUUUGUAUUAUGCCUUUUGCUUGCAGGAAUUUGGUUCUUCGAUAAUUAUGCAGCUCGUUUCAAAUCCUAUCCGGAUAAACAUUUUGCAAUCAUAAAAUUAAUUUCACGUAUUGAGACUUUGGAGUUAAGAGAUGACUGGAUUUAAGUCCUUAGCGCCUUAAUACCAUGGAAAUACUGACGUAAAAGAACAUAAAAAGCUCAAGUGUGAAAAUGAAAUUCGAUAAGCGUUCUCUAUGGAUCCAGUGCACAUGGAUUGUUUCCUUCUUGACGAUAACCACAGCUCUUGAACCAGCGGUGAACAGCAGGAGACCCAUUUGGAACAUUGCUCAUAUGGUGAACUCACUGGCGGAAGUAGACGUCUAUUUGAACAAAGGAGCAAAUGCGUUAGAAUUCGAUGUACAAUUCAAUUCGGAUGGAGAGGCAUUAUACACACACCAUGGAUUUCCCUGCGAUUUUUUUAGAAAAUGGUGGAUGUGGGAAAAUAUUGAUGCAUAUCUUGACAAAAUGCGGAAUCUUACAACACCAGGUCAUGAAGAAUUCAGAAAGGAAUUAGUUCUCCUGUUUCUGGAUUUAAAAGUUGGAAAACUAACACCGCUAUCUUUAAAACAUGCAAGCAAAAGUUUAGCCAACAAGCUUAAAGACAUAUACUGGAAACGUGGAAAGUCAGGAGCUCAAGCUUAUCUUAUGAUAGCUUUACCAUCUUUAAAGCAAAUUGAAUUUAUAGGGAAUUUCAUGAGGACAUUACAAGAAGAUGAUGCUUCGUUUUGUAGUGAUAAAAUUGGUUUUACGUUUUUUGGCAAUGAAGAUAUCGAAACAAUUAGUUCUGUAUUGCACCAUAGUCAAGUUUCUCAUCGCAUUUGGCAAGGAGAUGGUAUCACAAACUGGCUACCACGCUGCUACAGGAGACUUAAGAAACUUCUCAAGAUGCGAAAUGAAGAGAAAAUUCAACAUUUCUCUAAAGUGUAUUGGUGGACUGUUGAUAAGAUGACCACAAUGAGAGACAUUUUGAGUCUAGGUGUAGAUGCCAUAACUACCAAUUAUCCAGACGAAUUAUCAGCUUUAAUAAAAGAAUUUCCAAAGUACAUCAGGUUGGCAGACAUUAAUGACAAUCCAUGGGAGAAGCAUCCUGGCAAAGGAAUAAUACCUAUCAAGUCUAGUUCAUCGAGAUUGAUGGAUAAAUUUUGGCAAAGUGAAGAACUUUAAAGACAUAUUGGAUGUUUUAGAAAAUAUGCUUAAAUAUCAUGUAAAAAGCAAGGAGUAAUAAUUUAUAAUAUACAAGACUCUACUGAAGGUAAUCUGAAAUACAACAAAUUAAAAUUCCAUAACAAAAAGAAUAAAAAUGAUAAUAUUUUGUAGGAUGUAUGAUUUGAGCUAUAGAAGAAAAAAAUU